UAGUUUCGUGUGAUUACGAUUUUCGAGUUUUUGUGUUGUAGUUGUUGAUUUUGAUUUUAGAUAGGAAGAAGUUUGAUUUGAUCAUAAUGAGCGUGUUUUUUUAUAUGUCGAAUUUGUGUUAUUGUGGAUUUGGAUUGGAGAUGAACGUAGUCAGAGUUAAACAAAAUCAGGUAAUUCCGAAUUUUCAAGUUUUAGUUUGGUGUGAUUCGGAUUUUCGAGUUUUUGUGUCGUAGUUGUUGAUUUUGAGUUUAGAUAGGAAGAAGUUUGAUUUGAUUUAAAAUGAACGUGUUUUUUUAUUUGUCGAAUUUGUGUUAUUGUGGAUUUUGAUGGGAGAAGAACGUAGUCAGGGUUAAACAAGCUCAGGUAAGUCCGAAUUUUCAAGUUUUAGUUUCGUGUGAUUACGAUUUUCGAGUUUUUGUGUUGUAGUUGUUGAUUUUGAUUUUAGAUAGGAAGAAGUUUGAGUUGAUUUAAAAUGAGCGUGUUCUUCCUUGUCGAAUUUGUGUCAUUGUUGAUUUUGAUUGGAGAAGAACGUAGUCAGAGUUACACAAACUCAGAACGUAGUUUGGAUAUGGAAGUACGGCGGAUAAUGGAGGAGGUUGGUUGAUGAGGUUUAAUUAUCUAAUGAAGCCUGACAUGGCCGGGAUGAGUGAAUUCCUAAAGCCAUUGAAUGAAGUGUUCACAAAAGCUAAUGCCUUGACAGAAGGGAAGCGGUCUGAUUUCUUUAACCAUCAGAAAUCGAUUUCUGACAGCCUUGCAGCUUUGGCAUGGAUUGCGUAUACAGGCAAAGAUUGUGGUAUGAGUAUGCCUAUCGCACAUGUGGAAGAAAGUUGGCAAAUGGCUGAAUUUUAUAGCAACAAGGUUCUGAUUGAGUUCAAAAGUAAGGAUCCUAAUCAUGUGGAGUGGGCGAAGGCUUUGAAGGAGCUUUAUUUACCAGGUUUGAGGGAUUAUGUUAAGAGUUUCUAUCCAUUGGGACCAGUUUGGGGUACCUCUGGCAAUGCAACUGUCUCUGCUGCACCUAAAGCCCCUGGACCAGCUGCUCCUGCAGCACCACCUCCACCUCCUGCUUCACUCUUCUCUGCUGAUUCUGCUAAGCCUUCUUCGUCACAACCAAAAUCAGGAAUGUCUGCCGUCUUUCAAGAAAUCAGCUCUGGUGGAGGCCUUACAUCAGGCCUGAGAAAGGUUACCAAUGACAUGAAGACGAAGAACCGUGCUGACCGCAGUGGUGCUGUUCCUGUUGUGGAAAAGGAACCGCGUGCCAGCUCAUCAGCAUUUGCCAAAACAGGGCCUCCAAAACUGGAGCUUCAAAUGGGUCGUAAGUGGGUUGUUGAAAAUCAAAUUGGGAAGAAGGAUUUGGUUAUUGAUGAAUGUGAUUCAAAGCAGUCUGUAUAUGUUUUCGGGUGUAAAGAUUCUGUUUUGCAGAUACAAGGGAAAGUUAACAAUAUAACUGUUGAUAAAUGCACAAAGAUGGGAGUUUUAUUUAAGGAUGUUGUAGCAGCCUGUGAAAUUGUGAACUGCAACGGUGUGGAGGUGCAGUGUCAGGGAUCAGCUCCGACAAUUUCAGUGGACAAUACAUCAGGAUGUCAAUUGUAUCUGAGCAAAGAUUCUUUGGAGACAUCUAUAACAACGGCCAAGUCAAGUGAGGUCAAUGUGAUGGUACCUGCUUCUGAGGCUGAUGGUGAUUGGGGAGAGCACGCUCUUCCGCAGCAGUAUAUUCAUUCAUACAAGGAUGGUCAUUUCGUGACAUCUCCAGUUGCUCACUCUGGUGGCUAAACUGGAAUAUCCACAUCCGGAUCUAGUAUUUUUGAGUCAUCUAGUGAUUUAACUUUUUUUUUUUUGUCAAGGCUAAGAAGUGCAUAUUCCAUACUUCCUGCCUGUUUUAAUUAUAUUACCACUGGGUUAAUUUUGAAACAGAAGUGUUUUGCAUUCCCCCCUUCCUUAAUUUAUUCUUUUAUUGAUUCGGUUGCUGUCUUAUUGCUGUUUGUGUGUGAGGUUGUUGUUUUGUAUGAGGUGCCUUUUGGUGUUUCAAGCACACUUCUGUAAGAACGCAAACUCUGUAUCAUUGUUUCUUCGGUGUUGUUAUUAAUCAAGUCUUCUUACUUUCGUUUAAAAA